AUGUCGACUGCAGCAUAUCAGACGAGCGCUAAACCUAGGAGUCGCCGUGGGAGUUACGGGGAAACAGCCGAGAACAGUCGGAGCAGAGCGUCUAGCUCGGCGUCGUUGAGGUUGUCCAAGACGUUAUCCAGGACGCUCGACGAAGCUGCUGUUCCACGGAAUACCCGCCCUGGUUCGCCAGCCAUCCACAACCAUCGACAGAGAACACACGACUCAAAGCACUCUGAUCAGUUGGGGACAUCUGCGAGGCAUUCUACAACCUCCCUCAACUCCAGCAAAAGCCACAGAUCCAGGUACGAGGAGGAAAGGACCAGGACGCCUGGGUCUGCCGCCAAGCUGAAACCAAAGGUUGUGCAAUCUAUGGAGGAAGAGCACACAGAGCCCAGUCACCUCGUGACGGGCGAAGUUACAGUCACACAAAAUGCGCCGGCCGCAGCGUUCGAGCCAAAGCCCACGGAGUUGGGAACAAUAGUCUCAGCCCCAACGGAGUCGACCCGCGAAACACCAUCACCGGGCUUGCGGGCAUCCUCGCAACCAACUGUUGCUGAAGAAGCCGAUGAUAUUGUUACCAACCCAGAAUCAUUCGUGCCACCGCAGAUGACAAUACUCUCUUCCCCCGCUGCUACCGCCGCAGCGCCAUCCGGCAUACCAACCGAAGACAGCAGGGUUGAGGACGUCGAUACUAAAUCCCCUCAGCAGAACCACACGCUCGCCAACAAUGCUUCUGUAUCGCCACCUGCCUCUGGAAAUCCACUACCCGCGCCGCAUCCUAAAGCUUCUGUGACUUUUCUUCAGCCUUCGCUGGCCCAUAAGUUGCCCGAACCUGGCGACGGAGAAAUUUCCAUCCCCAUAAUGUCAAGUCCGGGUUUGGAAGCUGAUGCGACAAAUAAUGAUAUGCUGCCCACCAUGCUGUCGCCAGUAACAUCACCAAUUCAGUCACCAAUGCUCCAAUAUGUCGGCAGUCCGCCGCCUCAGCAAGUCCUGUAUCCAUAUCCUUACCACCUCCCCUUCAUGGGCAGUCCCCCUUUCCCUCCUUCAGCCUAUCCUCCACCAUUCAUGUCUCCAAUCUCGCAAAUGCAUCCGGAAGAAGGAAUUCCGAGGUCUGGCUCUGCUGGAACCGAGGACGAGCGUACAAAACUUCUAGAGAAGGUCUCCAGUGUACUCCCGGACAUCGAUCGCCUUCUACAUUACUACCGUGAGACUCAGGGUCUUUUGACAGAAAAAGACCACCUUGUCAAACAAGUUGAGAACGAACACGAGGAAGUGGUGACGAGAUUACGCAUCGAGCUGAGCGCAUCAAAGGGAGAAUAUGAAAGGAUCAUAGGUGAUCAAGCGAGAGAAAACGUUAAACUAAAAGGAGAGCUUUUGGAGUGCAAUGAGAAGAUAUUGGUCCUCGAGGAUGCCUCCAGGGAGUUAUCCUCCGUGCGAGAACAGCUGGCAAAUCUUCGCCAGGAGCAUGAAUGUCUGGAGAAGGAUGUGGAAAUGUCAAGACAGUUGAAAGAACAGCUUACGACGGAGAAGAAGGCGCUGGAGGAGACAGUUGAAAGUCUCAAAAAGCAGGCAGCUGAGGAGCAGGCUCUGCACGACCAUAACGUCGCUGAAUUGGAGGCUGCUCAUGCGAAACAGCUCGCUGAAAAGGAGCAGGAACACGGGAAGGCACUUGCUGAGCAAAAGGGUGGUCUAUCCAAAAUGCAACUCGACCUAGCCGGGAUGAUCACGAAACAUACUCAGCAGAAGAAGGAACUAGACUCUGCUCGGGCAACCAUAUCAGAGCACGAGCUUUCUUUGACAAAUCAGGCGAACGAGCUGGCUAAUGCCACGAAGCUCCAUCAGGAUGAAUUGCACGCCAGAGACCAGGCAGCGCAGGAGGAGGCCGAACAACAUGAACUGGAAGCCGCAAGAUGGGCAGAAGAACUAUCUGAAUUGAAGGUGAAGCACGAAGAAGAAGUGCGUGUACAGCGGGAAUCUCAUGAGAAGGAAGUUGAACUGAUUCAAAAUGCGGCAGAAGCAAGACUUGCGGAGGUUAAGGCAGAGCAUAGCAAGCGCGAAGCUCAGUUACAGGAAGAAGGAAACGCUGCGCGUUCUGGAACAGAGGUCGCUACGACAGAGCUUGCCAAAGAGCGGGAGACGGUCGAAGGCUUGAAGAUCGAACUUGCGAAUUCGCAAAAAGCACAUGAAGCAUUGGCAAGACAACACGAGAUGACUAGGAAGCAUCAUGCCGAGCUGGCUGAAUCGAUGCGCAAUUUGAAUGACAAACAGGCUGAGUGGCAUCGAGAAAGUGAGAGAGUGGAGCGACUUUUGCAAGGAUUUGGACAACUGAUGUCCAACAGAAACAGCGGCAAAGGCGACCAGUUCUUUGUCAGCGCAUUCGACCACCUGGCAUUGUUGGUGGAAGAGAUUUCGCAGCAAUUCUUCCAAGACGAUCCCAGCAGCGUUCUUCACGAUCCACGCGUUUAUCAAAAGUUUGGGUUUCCCGAUAUAUCAGGGCCUUCAGAGGCCGCCAGGGCGCUUCGAGGAUUGGUGGUACAGCAUCAGAUCUGGAACAUUAUACAACGACGCAUCUUUGCCCCUUUCCUGUUCAUAUCAUCCUACGGGGCGGACAGUGACGAUGAGCUGGAGAAAGGGUUAUGUAUGCUGUCAAAGAUCAUCGGUCGAAAGAGCGUGCGUCGCGAGGCGGUUUGGAGACAUACAACCAUGCAAGCCAUCUAUGCGAGUGCAGUGGGUCGCAAAGCUGCUCAGGUCAUUGCGACGAGGCUCAGCAGCGAGGUCAUCGACACAAUCUGGGCAUUGCCACCGAAAGAACCACCUGAGGCGUUGCGUCAAGCCGUCCGCAGCGUGGCUAAAGCAGCGGUACAGAUAUGGCGCCGCGCACGUCUCGAGUGUGACCUCAUUCACUCCAGCAUGCCAUCGACGCCGGGAACGUGGAAGAACAUAGACAGUCCGUCAGGCGAUAUGCUGUCGGUGCGACCGCAUAUCGUCAGAGAGGUUGCGGCUUAUGGCACGUCUGGAGGUGGACUUCAAGCAGAGGCAGCGAGUUGCCCUCAAGGUCCUCCGGACAUUGCAAGCUAUGUCUAUCUACAAGGGGUAGUGCUAAGCCAGGACUCGCCGGUGGUGCAGGCAAGACGACAAGAGUUGGUUGAGGAAGAGGAGUGUUGUAGCUGCACGACGGAAGAUAUGUCGGAUGGAUGCAUUGGGUGUAGUGGGUGUAGUGAGUGUGAAGGUUGA